AUGUUGCCCGAGCAAAACCCUAUAGAAAAUGUAUGGCGAAAUGAUGGUUCCGAAGUCCAGAGGGAUACUAUAUUAAAUGAAUUAAUCGAAAUAAUUGAUGAAUUGGACAGUGACGCUGAAUCAAUUAUCGGAGAUAAGUGUGAAGAAAUUGAGAUGCUUACGCAG